CAUGUUCCCCACCUUCCAGGUGAAGAUAUUUGGGAUGGACCCUAUGGCUGACUACAUGCUCCUCAUGGAUUUCGUCCCGGUGGAUGACAAGCGCUACCGGAUCACGCAGUUGAAGAUUGCAAGCAACCCUUUUGCUAAGGGAUUCAGAGACUGUGACCCUGAGGACUGGCCCAGGAACCACAGGCCAGGGCCUCUUCCUCUCAUGAGCGCUUUUGCCAGAUCCCGGAAUCCAGUCUCUUCCCCAGCCCACCAGAACGGGACAGAGAAAGAUGCAGCCGAGAGCCGGCGGGAGUUCGAGCGGGAGGCCGGCGGGACGGUGCUGCACCAGGCCGAGGCCGCGCACCAGCAGCUCAUGUCCCGUGUGCUCAGCCCUGCGCUGCCGGGCGGAGGCGGCGGGCUGGUGCCGCUGGCCGGUGCGGGCGGCGGCCGGCCCAGCCCGCCGCACCACGAACUGCGCCUGGAGCCCGCCGCGUCCGAGCCGCUGCACCACCAUCCCUACAAGUACCCGCCGGCGGCGGCCGCCGCCUACGACCACUACCUGGGGGCGAAGAGCCGGCCCGCGCCCUACCCCCUCCCCAGCAUCCGCGGGCACAGCUACCACCACCAUCAUCACCACCACAUGAACGCGGCGGCUGCGGCGGCGGCGGCCGCCAACAUGUACUCGCCGGCCGGGGCACCCGCCGGCUACGACUACGGGCCCCGGUAACGGGGCACCGGCGGCACGAGAGACACCGCCCUCCCCCUUCCCGCCUUUCCCCCACCGCCGCCUUACGAGUGAGCUGAUUGGCCAGCUUGACCUGAUCGACAGCCAGACAGCCCAAUCGCCGGCAGCCGGGCCCCGCCCCGCGCCCCGCCCUGUGGGGGCUGUGAGGGCGGCGGUGCCGGGAGCUCCAUCGCGGUGUGACCCGCGGCUGCACUUUGAUAAAUGAAGCCAUAUGUCCUUAUCUCUCUGUUCCCCCGCGCCUCCGUUCGUGCCGGGCACCGAGGACCGUCGGGCGGCUGGGAUGCGGUGGGAGGACGGUGAGGCGGCAGCGGUGAAGUGACUUAUCCUCUCUCACUCGCGCCGGGCCUUCUAAUGGAGGUUUGGUGUUGGCGGUGCCCCCGGGGCCUGUACGUGAGCACCGGGCGGGGGCUGUGGGCCGGCCCUGGGCCGUGUGUCGUCCUGCACUUGUCGGUGUCAGUCUGUCCCAACCCGGGGCACACCGGGGGCUGGUUCACAGGUGGCUCAGGUGGUUCUUUGAGGAGAUUCCUGGGGAAGCAGAGUUUAAUUUAAGGGAGUGCUUUGAAUCCUCACUGCCAGAACAAAUUGCCCACUUCUCCUCUGGCCCUGACCCAUUUGUAAGUUUUGAGGUUCACUGGGAUGCCUUAAGCAAAGCAGCAUUUUCUGGAGCUGUUGAGAAGGGCCUAUGGCCAAGAGCACAGACACGUGCAGCUGUGUUUGUAUCUUGUUUUCCCAACAAUACCUGCAAAGGUUUAAAAACCGGCCUGGGGAUGGGGGGAUAUCUGCAGAUUUCAGGUGUGUGUUUCCCACCUGCUUCCCAGGCAGCCUCACACAAUUAUGCCUUCCUGCAUCCUUUCCUGAGCUCUUGUAUACUCUCUCAUGGAGGUGCCUUUUAAAGGGACCUCAGGGUUUUUUUCUGACUAGUUUGCCCCUUAUAUUUGGCUGACCCAAACUGCAGUAGUUCUAAAGAAUCUAUUCUGCAUUACCUGCUUGCUGUAUCUUCCCUCUUAAUGCUGGUAAGUACUUUUCCUUUUUCCUUUCGUACCUUCAUUCAGUAGUUGUUCCUUACUGCUAAAAAGAUUGCCCUGCUCAUCAGAGUUCUCCAGUGAUGUGUUUUGAAUAGUUGGCUUGUGUUUUUGUCAGAUGCUCACCGAAGGCAGUCCCUUUGUGUUCAGAGAAGGUAUUGAGCAGCUCCUCAGCUGUGUUGGUAUACAGUAUUAUGAACACUUUCCUGAUUCUUCCACAUGACUCCAUUAAAAGAUGGGGGCUAUUUCUUUUAAAGUAAUCUAUUCAUCCAUGUUUGUGCAUUUUCAUUAUAAACUCUUUAAAACAUGUUCUUUCCCUUGUGCAGGUGGCAGUGUUAAUAGCAAUGUUUAUUUUGUCUCUGGCAGUGGGCUUAGGGCUUCCAAAACCUUUUUGGAAAGGUUUAAGAAGGGAUACAGACUACCAUGAAUAUUUUAUGUAUUUUUUUUCUGUUAAAAAAAUAUAUCUGGAUCCAUAAAAAAAACUUGUGCAAGAAAUAUGUAUUUUAUUUGACAUUUGCAGUGAAUUGUGAGAUUCUUAAUGUCUGACUAAAGCAUAAUGUUCUCAGAAAGGUUGAUGUAAAAUAGCCUUGUGCUUAUUAUUAGUCAGUGGGAAAUGGCUCUCGGAUGUGCUCUGUUGCUGUUGCUUUGCCGCUGUUAUUGCAGAGGUUUCAGUAUGAUUUGUUAUCUGUAAACUCAUUAGUGCCAAAGCUUUGGUCAAAUGUUUAAUGAAGUUGUUAUAUUUAUUAUUUCCUUCAAAGAUUAUACAAACCCUUUUUUUUUCUUGAUAGUUGCAGUGUAGAAAAAAAAAAAAUGAAGACAACCAAAGAAUCAUAUCUGCAAAGUGUAGAUACAUGUAGAUAUUUGUAGAUAUAUGUAGAUAAUCUUAUUUCAUUUCAAUUGAAAAGACAUUGG